AUGACAUCUAGAUCAUUCAGAGCAGUGUACAACAAGUUGAGCUUGUCAUCAUCAAUGAACAAGCAAAAGUAUGACAAUGACAAGGCCAAUAGCAACUCAACAACACAUAUACUACUAAAUAUACCAGAUGAUAACCUUGUAAUCAGUUUCUUAAAGUCAUUGUCAAGUCGUAUAACAUCAGUUACAUUGGGUGAUAGGUUCAACAAGGUGUUACUGCCUGGUAUACUACCUCAAUCAUUAACUUCUCUUCAAUUUGGCAAUCUAUUUAAUCAAGUUAUUGGACUUGAUGUACUUCCAUCAUCAUUGAUCACUCUGAAACUUGGUUAUGAAUUCAAUUGGACGAUCCCAGUCAAUGCACUGCCAUCUGGAUUGGAACGUCUCAGGUUGGGUCGAUCAUUCAAUCGUGCUCUGAUACCAGGUGUACUACCAAUGUCACUCAAACGAUUGAUUCUAGGAAACUCAUUCGUCGAGCCUAUAAUGCCCGACGUGCUUCCAACUGGCUUGACACAUAUCAUGUUUGGCUUCAACUUCCGUCGACAGUAUCUCAGAGCUACUAUACCCGAGACACUCCAAGUGUUGAAGGAAGGUGGACACUUCCAUGAUAAUCAUUACUUCCCAUUGAAUCCACAGAGUCAACUGAUCAAACCAAUACCUGAUGGUGAUCUUGAUUACCUACCUCGCAAUCUUAAAAGAUUGAAACUAUGUAGUGAGUACAACAAGGCGCUAUACCCUGGCUGUCUGCCGCCUACCCUCGAGUCCCUCGAACUGGGGACCAAAUACAAUCAACCGCUCUCUGUUAGAUGCUUGCCCGACACCCUUCUCGAACUUGAACUGGGCGAAUACUUCAACCAAACAUUGAUGCCCGGCCAUCUUCCAGCGUCUCUCACAUCACUGAUCAUUCCAUCCGAGUACUCUAGGAAGAUACCUCGGGGUGUACUGCCCAACUCACUGACAUCGCUGGUGCACCCUGGACAUACUCCCAUCGAUGAGUUAAGUCUUCCAGCCAACAUUCGUCGUCUGACAAGUCCCUACAUACACUAUCUCAAAUGUCUGGAGGCGUUCAACUCUAACUCUGACCACAGGAUGGAGUUGGUGCGAGUGGAGACUGUAUGGCUGGGAGAGCGCACUCCACAGUUUAAAGAUAUAUUCAAUCAUUUGUUGAAUGACGAUCAACAGAAUGGUACUGGACUGAUGGACUUUAUGUGUCUGGAACUCACCUCCAAGUCAUUCAUGUCAACCGCACGGAAGUUGAUACGUCCACAUCAUCAUGCCAGCAGCAUACUAAGUGAUGAAGAGCAAUAUGAUUGUUACGGAAUGACAACGACAACUAUGAGCAAACCAUGUUUGUUAUGGACUUCCAACUCUGUAUUCAAGUACAAGGAGCAUUUCAAAAGCAUCUCAACAACAACAAUAACAUCACUUCACCUUGAUGGUACGUUCGAUCAACCAAUUGAACCGGGCACCCUGCCACCAUCACUACAGAUCUUAAAAAUGGGCCACAUGUUCAAUCAACCGAUCAGGCCUGGCUCGUUGCCAGACUCAAUCACAAUGUUAUCAUGGCCUAUACAACUAGUUUCAAAUUUCAAUCAACCAUUUGAGUGCGGUUCGUUGCCCGCCUCGCUGACGGACCUUCGCAUGGGCACCGCAUUCAAUCAAGAUUUGACACUACCAGGUGUGUUGCCUGCAUCUCUGGUCACUCUCUAUCUUGGAAGGGGCUUCAAUAAGGCCCUGCCCGAUCAUGUGCUCGCCUCGCUCACUGAGCUGGGAAUAUUCAGCAGGCCAUCAUUUGCCAUCACUCAACUACCCAAACUCAAGAUAUUGAGGACGGCAUUCAGUGUGCGUCCACCCCCGUCUCAUGAAGGUGGUGGAUCAUCUUGGCCACCUGCUCUUACCGAGCUCACAGCCAUUGACCACUGUCCCGUCCACCCACUCCCUGGUUCACUUACCAAACUCAAUAGCUUCAUCUUAAGGGACUUUUCCGCAGACAUAUCAUUGACAAGUCUCACGAUCGAGAGGCUUUAUAACCCCCCUCGCGAGUUGCCUCGCUCACUCAAGUACCUCUGCAUCGACCGGCUCACCCUCCCUUGGAACAUUGUCUCUGAUACACUUCCUCCCACUCUCACCGAGCUAAGAAUUGGCUAUGGAUUCGAUCGCCCUAUUCCACCAGGAGUGCUCCCUCCAUCAUUGCUCACACUAAUGCUCGGCCCAAAGACAGAGUACAAUCGGCCAAUCGUCGAAGGCACAUUGCCCCAAUCACUCACAUAUCUGUUACUUGGCGAGUCAUUCAACCAUCCAUUGCCCAAGGGCGUGUUGCCAGACUCAUUGACACGUCUGGACCUGUAUGACGACAAGUACGCAGAAGUGGACAAGGAAUGGAAUGAUGUGUAUCUGCCACCCAACAUCAAGCAUUUAAUGUGUCGCUCUCAAUCACAGGUCGGAUGUGCAAGACGUCUGCCGCCAGGCAGUGACGUGUGUCUCCACGUCUCUGCCGUGCCAAGUGGACGUUUGGGCGACGUCAUAUUCACCAACCAAUUGACCAUCAAUAAUGAAGCCAUCAAGAUCUGGUUCGAAACAGCUGUCACGUUGUCCACACAUUCAAAGUCAACGUCCUUCUCUGCAAGCGAUACUAUACCUACUUCUUAA